AUGAAGUCCAUACUCUCUGACCUGCGCUUGAAAUAUGCAGAAAGGAAUUGGCAUGAAACAUUCAAGCUUGUGAGAAGAUGCAUGGACAAAUCCAGAGAUGUAUCCAAACCCUGUGAGCUGCUGGGUAGAUCCCUGGAAAGGCUCCAGGAAGUGUUAAAUGUGUCCUCUAUGAAUGCCAUGAGGUCUCGUCUGGAAAUGAUAGCCAGACAACAAGGGAUGGGCUUUCACAUUACUGAGUCCACAUGUUACUUGACAGCUGACUUAUUCUACCUGGAAGUGGUGUUGCUGCCAUGUGGUGGGGUGGAGGAGGUUAAGGUGGCCCCACAUGGAGGAUCACCUGUUCCCAGUGAAUCUCUUCUUCAGCUGCUGAGGUCAAAAUUUUUUGCUGACUUCUCCGUGAAAUUGGAACGCCUCGUCGCCCAGUACAACAUCCCUGGAGACAAUGAUGUCAAAUUAAAACUGUUUGCAUCUCUACAACACCUCGGAAAAGACUUGCAAGAAAUAUCACAUUUGACAAAGACACCAGAGGACAGUGACCCUGAAAUGAACAUGAUUAACAAUAGAAUGAUUGGGUGUCUAAUACCUGGAAAAGAAGAUUGUCCUUUGACUAUCCACUUCUAUACAAUCCCAAUUGAAGAGAUGAAGACUUCAGUUUCACAUAUUUCAGGUGUGGAGCCAGUUUUGCAGACAGCCCAGGUGACUGUAGGCCCGAGCACUGUGGCUCACAUGCUUCAGACAGCAUCUGUGAUCCCACAGCCUUCACAGCUGGAUCUUCAGGGAUUUCCAGUGUUAAUGCCACUGAGUGAGGGACCAUAUGAGACAUUUCCUGCCUGCUUUCUGCUCAAACUGCAGCCACCAAUACCAAUGAUGUUGCCUUUUGUUAAGAAGCUCAGCCAAAUUACAGAUGUAACCAUACCAGAUGUUGACCUGCAGUGGGCACCCUUACCCAAGCUUCUGCUGAGGGGUUCACAAAGUGCAAGCAGCCAUAUGGAGACAUUAGAUGAGCAGGAUACUAUUUAUACUGUGCCUCUCCAUGGUGAUGUGACGCACAGCUAUAUUUUCCCCGGAGCUUCAUGGGAGGUGCCUGCCCAGAGAGCGACUGUGAUGGACAGCAUUCCUUUCACCCACCCGGCCCAUGUCCCACCCCUGCUGGAGCUGCUGCGCCAUCAGUGUGCCACCAACACCCUCCUGAGAAGCUGUAUGUGCACCAGUCCAGGUUCUGCUUGUGACCUGCACUUCGAAAUCCUUCCAGAGUUGGACACCAGUUUUUCUGUGACUUUUCACCGACCUAACGCAGACUCCCUUGCUGUUUUACUGGUGAACAUUUCUGAUUCUCAUCAGAUUAACUGCAGCUUGUUUGGAGCAGGAAUAGGGGAUUCCUCUGUGGAUGAAUAUGUCUCCAGUGUUUUGAAGAGGUGCAUGUCAGUUCCCGUGACCCUGCACGCAUUAUACAGUAAACUAGAGCAGAUCACCUCUAGCCCACUUUCUCCCAGCUGCCGGGCCGCCACAGAGGCCGAAAAUGAGCACUCGACUCCCUCGAUUACUACUGUGACAAACGCCAACACCACGCUCUCCCAGAGUGCAGCUGUGCCAGAAGACAGCUUCACAGUCUCUGAUUCGGCCUGCUAUGCCAUGUCUGUAGCCAAAUCUGAGCUUCUGUCUGAAAUAAAUACAAGUCCUGCUGUCAACCCUUACCCUUUCACUCCCGCGGUCGUGUUUCCACACUGGAUGACCAAUAAUGGCCACCUGUCUAAGCUGAUCUGA